CACCAUAACCCACUGACUUAAUGGUUUCAAAUCAUGUCACUCGGGUUGAUAUGUUAAUUUUUUUUCGAAGAUUUUAUCACCUGUUCACAUCUGUUAACACAUUAUGUCUAUUGAUGUAAACAGCAUGCUCUUUUCAAAGAAGUACAAGACAACAGAUAAAAUGUUGCAUUCUAUAACUAGUUUUGAUACAUGUAUGCUGAAUUUUGACCCAAAAAUAUUAUAGAAAUUUCCAUGAAUAAUGUGCUUAAACAUUUUGUUUUCAGCUUUCUCCAUUGUCACACAUGUUUCAAGAAUUAAAUUAACUUUAAAGAAAAACAAAAAGCAACACGGACUACAUCUGCUUAUAGCAAUAAUUAAAAUUUUCUGGGAUAAAGCAAUGGUGAUAUUAUUCGAAAAAUAAAAAAAACAGUAAACCACCCCCACCCCAAAAUAGCAAAACACGAGCAUUACAGAUCAGUAAAACUUCAUCACAUUCCAAGUGUUUGAAAGUUAUGAGAGCCACCAUUUUCAGAGUGGUUUGUCACUGCAUAAAAUUGAACCUCAGGGAAAUUGGUCAGUAGGCAUGAUCUGUUUCUCAUGUGACUUCACUUUCAGAAUGGGAUCAGAUCAACAAAUUUGUGUCUGAUGUUGGUUGGCACCUUGUGUUUGGACUGAACCUGUUGUUACGAAAUGGCUCCUCGUGGGAUCCGUCUAAUGCUGAGGCACUGAUGAAAUACUCCGACCAGAAAGGAUAUCAAAUGCAUUUGGAGUUGGGAAAUGAGCCUGAUCUGUUCCAGCACGAAUUUAACACCACUGUGAACCCUAGGCAAGCAGGGCGAGAUUUUGGUAUUCUGCGAACACUUAUGCAAACCAUACCUUCUUAUAAAAGCAGUCUUCUGAUUGGCCCAGAUGUGACAAGACCAAUCAAAACAGAGUAUGCAAACAGGCUGUCAAUCAGCAGUGUGGAUUAUUUAAAAGGGUUCCUCCACACAGGUGCUCAGUUUGUGGAUGUCAUCUCCUUUCAUCAUUACUAUGUGAGGAGCCAGACAGCCACGGCUGAGGACUAUGUAGAUCCUACAAUACUGGACAGCCUGCAGGGGCAGAUAACUCUGGCUCAGUCCAUCAUCAACUCCACCUCACCUGGUGGCAAACGUCUAUGGCUUGGGGAGGCGGGGUCGUCAUCUGGCAGUGGAGCCCCUUGCAUUUCAGACAGAUACAUAGCUGGCUUCACGUGGUUAGACAGGAUGGGAUUAUCAGCAGUGAAUAGGGUAGAUGUGGUAAUCAGACAGUCUUUCUACAAGGGCAACUAUGCAGUGAUAGACCGUUUGGACUAUACACCAUUCCCAGAUUACUGGCUGAUGUUACUUUACAAGAGGCUUGUGGGUCAACGAGUUCUUCAGGUUGCCACUAGCAACUCGUCACGGUGGGUCAGGGUGUAUGCUCAUUGUGCCUGUAGCCAGAGCAGAUCCCAGUACCAACCAGGGGCAGUAACUCUGUACAUUCUGAAUUUGUACAAGACAGAUGUGGAGGUCAAGCUCCCCCAGUUCCAGAAGUACGACCUUCAUUUGUAUCUGCUGACACCAGACGGGGCAGCUGGUAUAUUUUCGAGAAACGUGAGACUGAAUGGACAGGUACUGGAGAUGCUCAGUGACAGUGAACUACCCAGGUUAGAGCCUCAGACGUGGCCUGCUGGAAAUCCUGUACACAUGGAAGCCUUGACGUUUGGUUUUGUGGUUAUACCUGAUGCAAAUGUAACUGUUUGCAUGUGACAUGUCAUCAUCAUGAAUUGUACAGUUUUUGUUCUUCAUACUGUUUAAUGGCAUUUCCGAGCAUAAAUUAGGAACUCUUAAAUAAAUCAGAUCUAGAGGUCCUGACAUUUGACUUGGACCCGAUAUUUAGUUUAGAUUUAUUUAUCUGAUUGGUAUUUUACGCCGUACAUUUAAUUUAGAGUUUUAUGACCUUUGAAAAACAAAGUAACAAAGACGGAGCUCA